AUGUUUGUUCAGCAUCUCGGAUUACUCGCUGCGUUAUUUGCUGUCGCGCAAGCUAAAGUGCAGUAUUUGGUUGGUCCACCUUUUCUCAGGGGUUCGGGUAAGACAUGCCCAGCUGACCUCAAACCACAGGGCAUAGCGAUCGCGGGCAUUGAUUUUGGGUGUGAUAUCGAUGGCACAUGUCCUGUGAACUCGGGGUCUUUCCCCCUGAGUGGAUACGGUGGAUCCGAUGGCGAGGGACAAAUGAAGCACUUUGUCACGGACAACGGGCUGAACAUGUUCCGUCUCCCUGUAUCUUGGCAAUACCUUUUGCAUGGGAAGUCACCGGGUGAUAAGUUUGAUCAAGACGCGUUCGCUCGCUAUGACAAGUUGAUGCAGGCUUGCCUCAACACUGGCGCGUAUUGCAUGAUUGAUAUGCACAACUUUGCGCGCUUCGAUGGCGGGAUUAUUGGGCAGGGCGGACCGACGAAUGAUCAGUUUGGCGAUCUCUGGUCGCAGUUGGCUACCGCUUACGCCAGCGACAAGAAAGUCGUGUUCGGCCUGAUGAACGAGCCGCACGAUCUCGAUAUCAAGCUCUGGAGCGACACUUGCCAGGCGGCGGUGACAGCUAUUCGCAAAGCCGGCGCCGACAAGCAGAUGAUCCUUUUGCCAGGAACAAAUUUCGACAGCGCCGCGACGCUCGUGUCAACGGGUAGCGCUGAAGCACUGCUCAAGAUCACAAACCCGGACGGCUCCAACGAUGGCUUGCUUUUAGACAUUCACAAGUAUCUGGACGAGAACAAUUCGGGCCAGCACGCCCAGUGCACAACGAACAAUACCGAAGCCUUCACCGAGUUGGCGGCCUACCUAAGGAAGCAGAAGCGCAUAGGCAUGGUUAGCGAGACGGGUGCGUCAAGUGACUCCAGCUGCAUGACUGCGUUUUGCGCCCAAAACAAGGUCAUCAACGACAACUCCGACGUAUACGUAGGUCUUGUUGCCUGGGCCGCCGGCAGUUUUGGGGCUUCGUAUGUUCUCAGUCUGACUCCUACCCGCCAAGGCGACCGCUGGGUCAACAACGAACUAUUCUCCAAAUGCGUUCUUGCACCAUGGGAAAACUCCGAAGGCGGCACUUCCUCCUCAAGUACAACGGCAACAGCUACAAGGUCAGCGACUAAACCCGAUUCCUCGAGCACAGCGACUGUGAGCAGCGCUACGAGAACGCCUACAGAUAAUGUAGGGCAAGGUGUUGCUACGGAUUCGAAAGACGCACCGUCUUCAGCAACGUUCUUGAAGCCAUUGACAGUACAAGCAACCCUUAGUCAGGUCGCUUGUCUUCUUUUGGGCGGCUUGAUACAUCUAUUGUCAUAG